AUGUCUUCAAACUCGAAUCAACACGCUCCGGUCAUUGACCACACCUCUCAGGCAGCUUCGAAUGCCCAUUUGGAUCCAAACAAUGGCUAUCCGGCAAGUGAUAACCAGCUUGCUGGCUUAGUGGAGGCUGCGACCGCGGCGGCGGACCAAGACCAGGACCUCUCACACUGGGCUGCUGCUGCUGCCACUGCAGUCAGCCACCAACACUUGGAUGGCUAUGGCACUGAGAUGCAUCUUGCUGAGGAUGGGUUCGGCGAUGCAAACUUCGGUGCUGCCAUGGGAAGUGGAAGACACUUGAGAGUCCCCAACGACCAUUCCCAGAGCCCCGGGCUCUCUCGUACCGUGUCGAAGAAAAGAAAGCGGAAUGAUGAUAAUCUCGAUCCUGCGUUAGCUGCGGCUGGAAUUUCCGAGAAUCAGCAGCAUGCGCAAACAUCCCAUCAAGCAUCACUUGGAUUCCCCGGUGAUAAUAUGGACAUUCGGUCUGCGCCGCCACAAUCUUUGAAUGAAGCUCGUGCAGUAGGUGUGCACUCGGCCGCCGCGCUCUUCCGUCAGCCGUCGACUAAUAAGAAGUACACUCGUCCUCCAAUGUCGAAGUUGUUUGCUUCGCUUGAGUUGUCCCCGGAAAAUUUCCUGCAUCUGCAAGCUGCGGCAAAGGGAUACAUGCUCAAUGAUGAGCACCCAGAGCGGCGGGAUUGUGUAGGGCAGCGAGGCAAAGGGGAUACUGAAAUGGUCAAGUUACGUCUGUGGAAUUGCGUCAGACACUUUCUCGAAGCUGAGGGCAAUGGAGAUCGGUUCUUUGGAGAGAAUGUCGUAAAUGAAGGCAUGGGUCCACGAACCUACAUAUGGCCUCGUGACCAGCAGAAAAUUAUCUCUCUGGUGAUACCAUUGUUGCGAAGAAUGGUAACAAACGAAAGGCAAAGACAAUACGCAAUUGAAACACGAAAAGUGGGGGGCUCAGAUGACCGCCGCCGGCGUCAAACUAAUGAGGGUUUGCAAGAACUGAAUGAAGAAGUGAAUGGUGCCACCUAUUCGCCAGAUCAGUCAGCUCAAGUGCGCGAGAACAAUCGCACUAGUGACCUAGAACGUAACAUUCAGUCCGCUCCUCCUCCAACUCACUCUAACAACUCCCUCGCCCUCAAUCCUUCUGACAACUCUCUCAACCCUUCCAACUUCAUCAAUAUCGGCCUUCCUCAACUCCUUGAGGAUAACUUUCUUUUUGAUUACGACGAAUUCGUUAAAUCUUACGAUACGAUGAAUGCGUUUGGCGAAUUGUCGAGGCUUUUCGGUCUGUCUGGGCUUCAGGAGUCCGAAUUCCGUGGAAUCGUCGCCGCCGUGGAUAACCAUCACAUGGCUAUCCAUGGAGGCCCUGGCCAGGUUUGCCCACCUGCCUGUGAGGCCGCCAAUGUGCAGCGAAUCGUCGAAGCGCCGUCAACAGCCGCUUUUAACUGGAAUUAUGGCGGCACCCAAGCCGGCCCCGCGCGCACCAAGUUCGCAACCUUCAUCACCGAAAGUGUUUCGCAAGUCAGGAACGAUAUUGUGGAACACCGUGAAUCGACGGACCUCCACCGCAACAUCACCCAGCAGUCCGGGAGAGGGCUAAACAUAGUCCCGGCGACGGACCCCUCGAACCAGCUGAUCGUCCGCCUGAACGUCAUUCGGGAGGGGAGACGCGUUCUUCCUCCCUUUGACGUUCAGGCGGACAUGCUGUCCAGCGUGAACUCGGUAAAGGGCGUCAUCGCCAACCGGUAUAUGCUACAGAUUCUGGACCUGAGUUUUGGUCAGUUCAACGCUGAUCACGACGUUGCGGACUCAGCGCUCGAGCGAGCGACUGCGGCCUGGACUUUGAAAGCCUUGUUGCCAGACGGUCUUGUCGAGAUUGACAAUAACGAGGACUGGCUAAUUGCCAUCGACUCCAUCCAGGAGACUGACUGGAUGGACAACAAGCUUAAAGUCCUGGUGGAUAUUGGUCCUUACAUCGAACGGUAG